CUCCGCUAACGAAAACUUUUCUUCUUUCCAGUAAAGUGAUAAGUGUAACUCAAAGUAUAUUUUUGAUGUAAACUAAUUAUCAAUUUCAUUCCGUCGAAGUACAAAGUAUACAUUUAAAAAGUGUUGAAAACAGAUGUAAAUAGAUUUAAAAGUGAAUUUAAAAUAAACAAUAUGACGUGUUGAAAAAUCAGUGAGAUAAAAUGACUUUAGUGAGAACUGUCGGUGACACAGGACUGUUUCGAGUCGAAAGUGUGAACAAUAAAACGAUAUGGGAUGACUCAUAGUGAAAAAUGUUAUGUGCAACCCACUAUCCGAUCCGAAGAUGAUGCGCGAUAUCCACGACAAUGCUGGGGGAGGCGCAAGCGGCGGGAUGGAGGAAAGCGAGGACGGCGGGAAUGGGGUUGCAGAGGUCGAUAUGGACGACUGCGGCUCCCUCGCGCUUCCUCCCGACCUGCCCCCCUACUCCGGCGACUACAUCAUCAGCGACUACAUGGAACGCCUUGGCACACGUCUCAACAUUCUCGAAACAGAACUGAAAUAUGCUUGGCGAGCACUCGAUCUGCUCAGUCAAGAAUAUGUCAGGAUGUGGGAACGACUCGAGAGGUUGGAGACGUUACUUGCCGAUCAACAGGGUGUAAUAUCAACUUUACUGGAUUUUUACACAUGCCGAACUGUCAGCGCCAGAGAUCCCAUCACUCGAUUAGAAGUGAUCAGAGAAAUAUUAGGAAAUGGUACUGUCGAAGAUGGCAUAGAAGAAGGUUUAGAUAUUGGACGGAGUCAAGUAUUGUUAGAACACCAGGAAGAGAUUAUGGAAUCAAACGAAGCAUUUUAUAAAAGCUUAAAUCAAGCCUACCGUGAUGAUUUAGUAUGCGAUGAAACAUCUAGGCCACCAUCACAGUUAGAUAUGAUAUGGGAAGCUCCUGAAGAACCAGAUCUAGAAAUGAUGCCAACCAGCUCUAGGCAAAUAUACAGUUCAUCAGACUAUAAAGACUAUUGUGGAUUAAAAGGUGGACCUGUAAUUAGCGAAAGAGAUUUGGUGCAUUUAUCUGCUUUAAGUACUAUAGAUCAAAUAACAGUAGAUAAAUUACAUGAAUUAGAUAGAUUGACAACCCAAUUACACAAAGAUUCCAGAGAGUUAAAAGACUUGAAAACGAGGCUUCUUAGUCCUGAAACAAAACUAUCAAAACACGACAGGGAAAUAGAAGCAAAAGCUCUGGUUGAAGACGGUAACAUUAUAAAUGAACAAUUAAAAAGCGUCUAUUCAGGCGGUGACAAUUGGGCCAUUAACGAUAUGAUGAAAAGCUUUGAUGAUUUCAUGUUAACUGCGCCUAAAGAUUCCAUUGUAAGAGAGAAAUCCCCAUCUAGGUUGUCACUUACUGAUAAUGUUACAGAUAGAAAUUUAGAUUAUUUGCCACCAACACUUUCUCCUCGUCGUAAGUUUGUACCAGAAAGAACUACAACGGAACCUUAUACGACUGUAACUGGGCGACUAGCAUACAGUUCGGCUGUUGCCAAUGCUGAAAUAAAUGCCGCCAAAGCAUCUAAAUCACCUAGUGCUCUUUCAAGAGAAAGAUUUGAAUAUAGCUCUCCCUAUCAAAUUACUGACACUUCCAGACAAAACUAUUUUUCUAAUAAAGGCUUGUCUCAGCCUUUAAACGAGAUUUAUAAAUCAGGUUCAGAGCAACAUUCUCCCUUGUCAAUUCAUGAAAUAUACAACGGACCUAGUGCUAACGAAUUAAGUUACGAAGAUAACAGGCUAAGAAAAUCCCCAAGUCCCCCGCCACCUGCGCCACCAAAUGGGACAGACGGGUUUCCGUCUAUAGAGAAUAACAACGAACUAGUUGCUCAUCAGCCUAUGCUUUCUACGAGUGGUGCCAUGCCACACGAUAGUAUGCGUCUAAGUCCGAGGUCUCCAAAAUCACCAAAAACGUCACCUAAACAUGUAAAGAGGGAUUCUGCAAAUAUUGUAGCGGCAAAAUCGGAUUCUGGAUUAUCAUCAAUGAGUGGAUGGUCAAGUCUAGAAAAAAGUCCAGGAUCACCUAAAACUGGACGAAUAAUACACGGAAGUCAUGAUUCCCAUAAAAUGCGUGAUCCUUCUCCACAGCCAAUUCAAAGGAUGUCGUAUGAGAUGGAUUCAAAACCAUAUAUAGAAACACUUGUCGACUCUUAUCUUUAUGAAGGUGCAAACUUAAAGAGCGAUUACAACUUACGAAAAACAGAUCAUAUGACAAAAGAAAUUAGCUCAAGAGAUUUGAGCAAAUUGCAAGGGAAAGUAGACAGUGAUUACAUUAAAAGUGAUAUACCAUAUUCGGUUACAGAUCAAAUGACUCAAAUCAGCAAUAUUGGGGAAUAUUAUUAUGGUAACGAAGCUCCUUCAAUAUAUUCUGUAGCUGGUAAUAGGCAACCAAUAUUCACAACUGUGUACAGUACUCCCAGAGGAAUGUUGUCCGAAGAUAGAAGUUUUUCCGAAUUAUUAGAUAGAAAUGAAAUUUCAGAAUCUAUUGCGAGACCCGCGGUAGAUUCUUAUCCGCCAGAACCUAGUUAUCAUGCACAGACUGUAGUCAUGUCGGCGGCGAAUAUCAAUAAACGGCCUCUAACUAGGGCUAAUACGAUGGGCUCCAAUGAUCCACAUUUUUAUCAAAAUGGUUAUAAAGGACCUCGAGCUGGGUAUCCUCCCGGUAACCUCACUGAUGCUCUUUCAUACUACCCAACGUCUACAAGAUAUGAUUCACCUAAACGAACAUCUUUGGAAGAUCAGAUCUCAUGGCAAGGGGGUAGUAGAUCUCCAACCAGUUCAAUGGAAACAUCGAGCUUGAAAUCGCGUUCACUAAGUAUUACUGAAAGAAAACAAUUUCAAAACCAAUUACAACAAGAAUAUUUCAAACAGCAACAAUAUGAUCAACGAAAUGGUAACGUUAUGUAUGAGAAUCAAGGAUUCGAAAAGCAAGCAGGGCCCGAACACAAUAAAAUGAGAAAAGAGCAAUACGUAGAAUCAAGUGGAAUACUAGUUUCAGAGUCUGGGUAUUUAUCGAUAUCUAACAAUUAUAAAGGCAAAACUCAAGAUAAACAACCCAAAAAACCAAAAAGGACGUCAUCGUUAAAGUCUGCUAUGUCAUCUAUGAGUCACUGGCUCCCAGAUUUGCAUUUGCCUAAGAAGCAUAGAUCACAUUCAUUACCUUCAGGCGUAGAUACAGUGGAACAACCACAGCAGGAAAAGUCUCUAAAAGAAAGGAUAUUAUCUGCACAGAGGAGGAAAAAGAAGUAUCAUUUGGUGGCUUCUAUGUCAGGUCUGCUACAGAAAGCAAGAAGAAAGCAGCAAGCCAGUCACCAAUCACUGUCUGAUCCAGAAACAUCAGAAACUGAAUGGUCUGGAGGUAGAUCUAGCGCUCAAUCAGAGGACAGCGAUAGUGUAUUUUCCGACUCGACGCAUGAAGGUAACAUGUUUCCUAAAGUAGCUCCUAAACCUAAGAGAAAAAUAAACAACCAAGAAAUUGUGGAACAACAGAUGAUGAUACAAGAACGAAUACAAGAGCAAGGAAUAGAAUACCGAGACGAUGAUACUGAAUGUAUUAUAGAAGAAAAUGAGAAGCUCGCUGCACCUAAUAAUGUUAUACCGAGAGAUAAAAGUGAUGAUAUUGAUUUCCAUUUUGCUCGUGUUAGUCAAAUGAAAAAAGAUAACAUACCAAAGUUGGAAAAAUUGGACAUUGACACUGAUAUAUCUAACGUGGACCUGUUUGAAGAAGAUGAAAAGGGAGAUAAUCAAUCUCCUGGUUCUCUCUUUGCUACAAUAGGUGACGUGAAAAAAUCGUCAAAUGUCUCAGAUGAAGGUUUAAGUGAAAGUAAUAAAUCUUACAGCGGAAGCUCGCAAGAAUUUGCAGUUUCUAGAGCUCUAGGAAAAUAUCGGCUACGAAAGUCAACGUCCGUCUCAGAUGAACAUAUAAAUGAUAUUUCACCUCCGAAAACGGAGAGUGAACAACAAGAUGAAAUUAACGAGGAAUUUGUUAACCAACAAAAAGAAAAGAGGGUUCGUAAGCCAAGUCCCCCCGAAGUUGUUAGCUCAAUACCACUGCCAGAGGACUCUAAUACUCUACCUGAAAGGAGUCCAUCUAUACAAAGUACUCGUGGGUUACCAAACAAGUUUCAACCCCGACAUCAGCAAAGUUUGGAAAUACCAAACAAACAUGACGAUGAUGAUAGCAGAAGUACACAUUCGUGGAGAAGUGGUUCUCGAGUAUCGUCAAGACGACAAAGUACUGAAGACAGCAUUGAUUCUGAAGAUGAAUGGUAUUGCUAUGAACUUAGAAAAUUAGAAGAAAUGGAGCAUCAGUCUCAACUGGAGGCUGAGAGACAACAGACCUUGCCAGAAGAGCCAGAAAUGGAAGAAAUCGAUGAGGACACAGGUGAAAACUUGAAGGAAAAAAUGUCGUAUGUCUUGAGAGAGCUUAAACUUAAAACUGCGACAACCAAGCAAAAGUACGACGAAUCCCCAGUCAAAGAAACUUGGAAAGAUAUCACAACUUUCCCUGUGAUUGAAGAAACGGUAGAUGAUAUUGAAGAUAGGUUAUCUGAUGAUGACAAAUCGUUUGAUGAUUCUGGUUCAGGUGAAACAUCUGGGCCCGACAGUCCAGUGCAGAGUGGCGAUGAACUUGAUGAUGACUAUGAUAUGCCGCAAAUCCAUCAAGACCCAGUGCCCCUUGAGGAGCCUCCGCCGCAGCAAGAUGCUCCUGUCGGCAGCAAAUGGAAGCUGCUCAAAGCUUUGAAAGACCGUAAAGCUGAAGAGAAGACAUCAGAGACUCCAGCAGCCACUACACCCUCGACCGAGAAGGACAAAGUCAGCGCUGGUAAUGGCUCCGGAGGCUUCAACGAGCAAGGUGGAAGAGGAAAUGGGCACCCCAGUGAUAAUCCGUUCUACAGUAACAUUGACAGCAUGCCUGACAUCAGACCCAGAAGAAAAUCCAUCCCUCUCGUAUCAGAACUUGUUCUCAAGACAAUGGCUGCAACGAAGAGGAAUGCAGGUUUGACAUCAGCUGUGCAUCGGGCUACGUUGAAUGACGAGGAAUUGAAAAUGCACGUAUACAAGAAAACGUUGCAAGCCCUCAUCUACCCAAUAUCGUCGACCACGCCCCAUAACUUCGUACUUUGGACGGCGACAUCGCCCACUUAUUGUUACGAGUGUGAAGGGCUUCUUUGGGGCAUCGCCAGGCAAGGUGUAAGGUGCACAGAAUGUGGUGUCAAGUGCCACGAAAAGUGCAAGGAUUUGCUCAAUGCUGACUGUCUGCAGAUGUGUUUCGCAGGGGCGGCCGAAAAGUCUUCCAAACAUGGCGCCGAAGAUAAAGCCAAUUCCAUCAUCACAGCUAUGAAGGAACGAAUGAAACAACGCGAACGAGACAAACCCGAGAUUUUCGAACUUAUCAGACGCGUGUUCAGCAUCGAAGGGGAGCCUCACGCGGCGCACAUGAGCACAGUGAAGCAAUCAGUCCUCGAUGGUACAUCAAAAUGGAGCGCGAAGAUCGCCAUCACAGUUAUCUGUGCUCAAGGCCUCAUCGCGAAGGAUAAGAGUGGAACUUCAGACCCCUACGUAACCGUCCAAGUAAGCAAAGUGAAAAAGAGAACAAGAACUAUGCCUCAGGAAUUGAACCCCGUUUGGAACGAAAAGUUUUACUUUGAAUGCCAUAAUUCGUCUGAUCGUAUCAAAGUACGAGUAUGGGAUGAGGACAACGAUUUGAAAUCAAAAUUGAGACAGAAAUUGACGAGAGAAUCUGAUGACUUUUUGGGUCAAACGAUCAUCGAGGUACGAACACUGUCAGGAGAGAUGGACGUCUGGUAUAAUCUGGAGAAGAGAACAGACAAGUCAGCAGUAUCCGGAGCCAUCAGACUGCAUAUCAACGUGGAGAUCAAGGGAGAGGAGAAGGUGGCACCAUAUCAUGUCCAGUACACCUGUCUUCACGAGAACCUAUUCCACUACCUUUGCGAAGAAAACAGCGGGGCGGUGACGUUACCAGCGGCGCGGGGUGAUGAUGCAUGGAAGGUCUACUUCAAUGAUAUUCCUGAGGAGAUUGUGGACGAGUUCGCCAUGAGAUACGGAAUUGAGGCCAUUUAUCAGGCUAUGACGCACUUCCACUGCCUCUCAACAAAGUACCUAUGCGCCGGAGUACCAGCCGUCAUGUCAACGUUACUCGCCAACAUCAACGCAUACUACGCUCAUACGACGGCUUCGUCUGCUGUGUCUGCCUCCGAUCGAUUCGCUGCUUCUAACUUUGGAAAAGAGAAAUUCGUGAAGCUCCUGGAUCAGCUGCACAACUCUCUGAGGAUAGACCUGUCGAUGUACCGCAACAACUUCCCCGCGUCCAGUGCUGAGAAGCUGAUGGAUCUCAAGUCUACCGUCGAUCUACUUACCAGCAUCACGUUCUUUAGGAUGAAGGUUCAAGAACUAAGCAGUCCACCCCGCGCCAGCACUGUGGUCAAAGACUGCGUGAAGGCAUGCCUUAGAUCAACAUAUCAGUUUCUAUUCGAGAAUUGUUAUGAGCUGUACAACAGAGAGUUUCAGGUGGAUCCCAACGAAGCUAAGCGAGACCCUUCAGACCAUGGGCCACAGUUGGAUUCAGUAGACUUCUGGCACAAGCUUAUUGCUCUCAUCGUAUCUGUGAUAGAAGAGGACAGGAACAGCUAUGCUCCUGUCCUCAACCAGUUCCCUCAGGAGUUGAAUAUUGGUCAGCUAUCGGCAGCGACGAUGUGGUCGCUAUUUGCAGUCGAUAUGAAGUAUGCCUUAGAGGAGCAUGAACAACAUCGUCUUUGCAAGUCUUCCGCCUACAUGAACCUACACUUUAAGGUGAAAUGGCUUCACACAAACUAUGUGAAAGACGUUCCUCCAUAUUGCGGAGCUGUUCCCGAGUACCCAGCCUGGUUCGAACCCUUCGUCAUGCAGUGGCUCAAUGAGAAUGAUGACGUAUCCUUAGAGUAUCUGAACGGUGCCUUCAACAGAGAUAAGAAAGAUGGGUUCCAAAAAUCGAGCGAGCACGCCCUCUUCAGUUGCUCCGUGGUAGAUGUGUUUACACAACUAACACAGUGCUUCGACGUGGUCUCCAAGCUUGAGUGUCCCGACCCUGAGAUCUGGAAGCGGUAUAUGAAGAGAUUCGCAAAGACCAUCGUUAAGGUCCUCAUAGCAUACGCUGACAUCGUGAAGAAGGAGUUCCCUGAACAUCUGAAGGAGGAACGGGUGGCCUGCAUCCUCAUGAACAACAUUCAACAACUGCGGGUUCAGUUGGAGAAGAUGUUCGAAGCUAUGGGAGGCACUAAACUUGAGAGGGACGCUGCCGAUAUUCUUAAAGAUCUGCAGAAUAGAUUGAACGGGACGUUAGAUGAUUUGGCGUCUAUGUUUGCUAUCAGUUUGGAGUCCCGUAUAACAGCGAGUGUGAAGGAGCUGGGCGAGUUACUGCAGAAGGUGGGAGGAGGAGGUGCGCCUGGACAGCAGCAGCCGCCUGCCCAUCACGAGGCUGAUGAAGUGUUGAGGCCGCUCAUGGAUAUCUUGGACGGCUCUCUCACAAUGUACGCUGAAUCCUGUGAAAAGACUGUUCUCAAACGACUACUAAAGGAAUUGUGGAAGAUUGUGAUGAAGAUAUUAGAAAAGACUGUUGUGCUUCCGCCUAUGACUGAUAAAACGAUGAUGCUGAAGAACUUGACGAACAACGCUAAGAACUUGGCUGCUAAUGCGAAGAUCGAGGAUAUGACGCAGUUGUUCAAGAGCACGGUGGGCAAGCAGGAUGUCAAGCAUGCGCUGUCCGGCGUCAUGGAUAUAUCGAAAGAGCACCUAUCAGCCGAGAAGAGCUUGACACCAAAACAAUGUGGAGUCCUAGACGCGGCUCUGGACACCAUCAAGCUAUACUUCCACGCUGGAGGCAAUGGAUUGAAAAAGGCUUUCCUAGAGAAGAGUCCAGAACUGCAGUCCUUGAGAUAUGCUCUCAGUUUGUACACACAGACUACUGACACGCUCAUCAGGACUUUUGUGAGCUGUCAGCAGAAUCAAGACGCUGCAGUGGUGGAAGAGGGCAGCGUGGGUGAGGUGUCGUUACAAGUGGAUCUCUUCACUCAUCCGAACACUGGCGAGCAUAAGAUCACUGUGAAAGUGGUAGCAGCAAACGAUCUGAAAUGGGUGAUCCAAAGCGGCAUGUUCCGUCCGUUCAUCGAGGUUAACCUCAUCGGCCCUCAUCUCGCGGAGAAGAAGAGGAAGUUUGCCACCAAGUCCAAGAGCAACAACUGGAGUCCCAAGUUCAACGAAACUUUCCAUUUCAUGGUCAGCAACACAGAACAGCUGGAUCUGUUCGAGCUGCACGUGUGUGUUCGGGACUACUGCUUCGCGCGUGAAGACAGGCUCGUCGGCGUCGCUAUCAUGCGUAUGACCGAAAUUGUUGAGCAGGGUGCCAUCGCGUGCUGGCUGCCUUUGGGCACCCGCAUCAAGAUGGACGAGACAGGCUGGACGAUACUUAGGAUAUUGUCCCAAAGGCACAACGAUGAAGUCGCUCGGGAGUUUGUCAAGCUCAAGUCUGAGAUGAGGACAGAAGCGCCGGCCGGAGCACAAGGGCCCGCGUGAGGCGUGUAGAUACACACCUCGUGCCACACCACACACAACCCAUCAACUCCAAGACUGCGACUGGACUGACAGAUCCGGUUGUGAGGUCCCUAAGUAUUUCAAAUCAGUUUACAGUGCGCAAGCAGGACAGAAGCAUGUUCUGCUCGAUGCGCACGAAAGAGACGAAGCCACUGCAACGGAGUAAGGAAGUGACAUGCGGCGCUCUGGCGGCUCCCGGUCAGUGCUCGUUCGUUUUGUUUCGUACAAUAUCGACGGCGAUACGUUUUUUGUAAAUAAAAUUUAUCUUUGUUAAGUUACGCGGAUAGUAGAAUAUUUUGCACAAAUUCGUAAACAUUAGCAGAAAAGACUGACCGUAGGCGGCCGGGCGCCGCGGCGUACGCGACUUAGGCAUCCAGCUCCUGCAUUCUCAUCUCAAGAGACACCUUGAACUUUCAAUCCACAUCAAUAAUUUAUUUUGCCUCCAACGCUCCGUUAUCGUGUUUGUUCUCUUUGCUCCUUACAUUACUUAUCGUUUAGCAGUUCCUUCUAGGCUGCCCGAACCACUAUUGCUGGGUACCUAAAUUCGCGAACGCAUCGUUGACCCACGAUUUAUGUAAUAAUAUUUAUAUGGACCAAACUGUCGUAAAUACGGAUGAAAUUAAUCCUUAAACAUUAAUAUUAAAAUGCAACAUAAUUAUUUAUCUAAUUAAUCAUCUACUCGUUAUACGUGUACAGUAAAUUAUAUGGCCUUAUGUAAAUUAUUUCCUUUGUUUGUUGGUUCCAUUGCUUCUGUCGAGUCGGUACGUGUAAAAGUGUUAAGGAUGUUUCCUGAGUGUGACGAGGAAUGCGAUUCUAUUAUUUUAAUUUUGGUAAAUGCGUGGUGAAUAGAACUAUGCGAAUACAUAAAGCAUGAUCGUUUAGGUGAUGAGUGUUAUAUAAAAUGGAAUUAAUAUAGUAAUAGCCGUCGUUUGUUCUUGAAAUCCUUUACGCGAUGCUUUUUGACGUCUGUACGUAAAUAUAGAACUAUGUAGUUACAAAUUAUCUUAAACCAUAAUAUCUUUAUUCAAACGCAACGUUUAAUACUAAUGGCUUCCGCGAUAAAUAAACUGAAUCUGUAGAGGAAAUGAUCUGUUUUUAUUUAUUUCUUGCUCUUGGUACGUCAUGCAGUUUUGACAAAAAUACCAUGGAUGAAUUCUCCGAUGAAACACUCCGAACAAAAUGACUUGUCUGUAAAAAUACAAGAGUUACUUCAAAAAGUAUCGCGUAACAAAAUGGAUAAAAAUAUGCGGUAUUGUCAUCUUUUAUAAAAUAAUAAAUAAUUAUUUUACGUGUCCCGUUUUGAGUGACCUAUAUUACAUCUAUGUGAUCCAUAUUUAUUACAGACAUGUACAUAACAAUAAGUAUAUGUUAAAAUAUGUGUAUAUCACAAUAUUUGCUAUUACUUUAAUAAGCUUGGCCUCUUUGAAGUGUAAUCUAAAUCUCCAAUGUCUUUUUGUAUAUUAUUGAAAAUUGUGAUAUUGUUAUAAAGAUGACGUAACAUCGUAACUGUCGUGUUUACCUGUUUAAUCCGAUGUUAUUUGUUAUUAGUCAAAUGUUUUUUUGUUAUUUAUUAAAAAACAUUGUAUUUGUAAUAUUUCAUUCCAUUUUUGUUAGUUCGAGACUGUUUUUAUGUAAUUGUGUUAUUCAUUCAGGUAUUUUAAUGAACGUUUUGUUAUUUAUAGUAAAACCUUCCAAGUUAAGGCCCCAGUGCUCAAAAAUAAUUUGUUAAGGCUAUAUUGUGGUGAAUAACAAUAACGAAUCGUUGAUUUAUUAACAUAAUAAUUAAAAUAUAUACUUAAAAAAAUAUCACAGUCCAAAACUCAAACACGUUUGAAAGUUGUCACAUAAAUACAUUUAAAUGUGUGUACAUUUUCAAUAGCAUUAAUGUAAUCAUUGUCGAGUUUUUGUGCACCGAAAAAUAAUUCUUAUUUUUUUAAUCCUAUCUUAACUUUUUUAUUAUCUACAGCGAAAGAUUUCCCCUUUUGUAACCGGUAUUUUUGACAAGUGUAAGAUUUUUUUAUGAAAUUUUCUGAAAACUUUAAAGUUAUUUAAGAAGUCUACUUGUAAUUAAUGUUUGAUGACGUUGAAAAUGCACACGAUGUGUAGAUAGGCACAUCACUAAUUGACACGGGACAUAGAUUUUCUAAAUAUUAGCAUUUAUCAUGGAUUACAUAUCUGUAGAUAGAGAAUGUGGUUUGUCUAGUCCAAAUCUCAAUAAUAUAUAUUAAUUAAUUAUAUAUUUACUCGUCUUAUAAUAUAUAGAAAAUACUUUUAUUAUUUCUAAUUUACAUUUCCGCGUUGACUGAAUCUGUAUAACUAUAGCGUAAUAGAAAAUUGACAACAAAAAAUAAUCUUUUAUUUUGUUAUUAAAAUAAUCAAAUAAAUUAUUCUAUUCAAUGUAAUAAUGUGCGCAAUAAACUUCUCAAAUAAUAAAAAUAAUUGAAUUAGAUAAAAUACAUUCUUUGUCCACGAUAAAAUAAUAAUAAACAAUAACAAUUGCCUGCGCAUUACUGCGUUGAAUAGAGCUUUUCAAAAAUGUUUUGGGAAAAUAUAGUGACGCUCAUAAAUAGAUUAUUUGAUUGUGUUAUUUUGAAUAAACAUUUCAUUAUAACCAAAUCAUUAUUGGAUCAUACAUCUGUAAAUAGUUGCAGUUCGUACUUCCACCGUAUGAGAAGGGAAGCCACUAUAUCGAUGGGAUCGUGUGAUAUCUACAUAAACCAAGGUAUAUCAGUAUUACUUUCAUUUAAUUUAAAAGUAUUUGUGUAUUGAUCAAAGUUAAACCAGUUACACUGUUUAUGAAGAUAUUGCGAUUCGAGCUAGUAUAAAAGAAAAGCGCACAGUAUUCAUUAUAAUCUCAUCAAAAUAUAUAAUAACUAACAAACGUAUUGACACAUAAACCUUUACCAUUUGACAAUACUUGGUAAAUAUUAUUUUAUAAGUAUAAUGUGAUCGUCACAUGCAUCUGUUCAUUGUAAGUCUGUUACGCUCCAAUUUUAGUAUUAAAUAUCACUAACAUUGCAUACAUCUUUGUAUAAAUGCAUAUAUGUAAAUGUUACAUGUUUAAACACAUUAUUGAAUUUAGAAUUUUUAUGAAAAAAUAAAUAAAUAUCCGUAUUUCAAAUAUA